UCUUAGCUGCAGUGUUCGCUGCCUCUCCCGCGCUCUUGGUUGAGCUCUGCGCCCUGCCCGGUCUAUGGUGCUGCCCGGAGCCCCCGGCAUCGUCAUGUCGCGCUCGGAGGAGGUGCACAGGAUCACCGAGAAUGUCUACAAGACUAUCAUGGAGCAGUUCAACCCCAGCCUCCGGAACUUCAUUUCCAUGGGAAAGAACUAUGAAAAAGCCUUGGCAGGUGUGACAUAUGCAGCAAAAGGAUACUUUGAUGCUCUGGUUAAAAUGGGAGAAUUGGCCAGUGAAAGCCAAGGAUCUAAGGAACUGGGGGAUGUUCUGUUCCAGAUGGCUGAAGUCCACAGGCAGAUUCAGAAUCAGUUAGAAGAGAUGCUGAAGUCCUUCCACAAUGAGCUACUCACACAAUUGGAGCAGAAAGUGGAACUGGAUUCACGAUAUCUAAGUGCUGCACUGAAGAAGUACCAGACUGAACAAAGAAAUAAAGGCGAUUCGCUAGAGAAGUGCCAGGGUGAACUGAAGAAGCUUCGGAAGAAGAGCCAAGGGAGCAAGAAUCCUCAGAAGUACUCUGACAAGGAGCUGCAGUUUAUUGAAGCUAUCUCCAACAAGCAAGGCGAGCUGGAGAACUAUGUGUCAGAUGGCUACAAGACCGCACUCACGGAAGAGAGACGGCGAUUCUGUUUCCUGGUGGAGAAACAAUGUGCGGUGGCCAAAAAUGCCCUCACAUACCAUUCCAAGGGGAAAGACAUCUUGACACAGAAGCUCCCGGUGUGGCAGCAGUCUUGCUCUGAUCCUAACAAGAUCCCAGACCGUGCAAUCCAACUUAUGCAGCAGAUGGCCAUCAGCAGCAAUGGGACCAUUAUGCCCAGCCCCCUCUCUACAUCCAAGUCAAACCUCAUCAUCUCAGACCCUAUCCCUGGUGCCAAACCACUCCCAGUCCCACCAGAGCUGGCGCCAUUUGUAGGACGAAUGUCUGCACAAGAGACCAUUCCAGUGAUGAAUGGCGUUUCGGGCUCGGAAGGUGAAGAUUAUAAACAUUGGUCUGACAGGAAGCCCCCUCAGCCUAAGUCCUUAUCCCCGCCACAGACUCAGAAGCAACUGAGCGACUCGUACUCCAACACGCUCCCUGUGCGCAAAAGUGUAAUGCCGAAAAACAGCUAUGCGACCACUGAAAACAAGACUCUGCCCCGUUCCAGCUCUAUGGCAGCAGGACUAGAAAAGAAUGGCAGAACAAGAGUACGAGCCAUCUUCUCUCAUGCUGCUGGGGACAACAGCACCCUUCUCAGCUUCAAGGAGGGAGACCUCAUUACGUUGCUAGUGCCGGAGGCUAGAGACGGGUGGCACUAUGGGGAGAGUGAGAAGACAAAAUUGAGAGGCUGGUUUCCUUUCUCCUAUACUCGUGUGCUGGACAGUGAAGGAAGUGAAAGGUUACAUAUGAGUCAAGGGAAGAGCAGUAGUACAGGUAACCUGCUGGACAAAGAUGACAUCCCACCCCCAGAUUACAGCAUGUCCUCCCGAGCUUUCCAGUCACCGAAUGUCAGCACUUUCAAACAGAGGCCAUACAGUGUGGCAAUGCCACCUUUCACCCAGGAGUACCUUAUGCCCUACAGCUGUGCAAUUAAUGAAUAUUCCAGUGGCCUCUGCCAACUGCUACCUGCUUCCUACCAGCCUUACCCUAGGUCAACAGCCGGUCUGGAUGACUAUGGGACAAGAUCCUCAAGCAGCACGGAUGUUGAAGUGGCCAGGUUUUGAGAUGUGCCCCUGACUGUGUAUAGUUGAAUCCUUUUGCCAAUGUCCAGCUCAAACCAACGGUGACUAAUGAUCGUUCAGCUCCUCUCAUCAGCUGAUCCCAGGGAUGUUGGGCGACGGCGGGUACUUCGCACCAUUUAUUUCAGUUUCAUCUGUGUUGCAUUUCUAUGGUCUCCUUGUAAAACGUGCAUGUUUUCCCCACAAUUCUAUUUUUGUAGUUAGACUGAAUUUCAGCCUCCUGCUUGAAAAGCAGAUGUUGGCACACUUAUUUUAUUUUUUGCUCUCUAGAAACAGAAGAGAUACUCGGCCUUGGAGUGAAAAGUAUCUUGAAGAUUACAUGCUGUCUCUAUUCUGAAUGGAGAACUAGAUAGAACUAUGACCCAGGCCCUGCAUUCUUCACCUGUACUGUUAUAGACUAUGCUCAAAAUCUUCUAAAGAUGGCGAUACGCCAGGAAAGCUAGUGUGAGGAGGAUAAACCUUGCUACCUUCGCAAUGUCCUUUAUGCCAGUUAGAAUUACUUCUAGUCUGCACAGUCAGAACAUACGGAUUUGAAUAAACUGAACCUGUGGACUUCA